AUGGCAUAUUUGCCCGUCAGCCCACUCAAGGGACAUGGGCAUGGUCUACUGAGCCUUGUGAGGGAUUCGAUUGUCGCGAAAUACUUCAAGACUUAUGCCCACCAUCGACAAGGCAACGAAUGGAACGAAUUCAACCGCGCCAACGGCAUCAUCGCGAACGCAAGGAAGGCUGCAGGAGAUUCCACCGCCGUUGGUCUGAUGCCUUCAGAAGCUGCGGACGCUUAUUCCACGGCGAAGGACAAUGGCGAUCUCGACAAAAAACUCGAAGCCCUACGCGACACUCUUUCGACGGCAAACACGGCCCAGAUGACCGCCGUGGCUCGGCGCAAUCUACUUGAAAGCUUCAAACACUCGUCCUCGAACCUGAUCAGAACUGCGGAGAGGGCCAACGCUGCCGCCAUCGUCUUGUGCGUCGGUGCAGGGAUCCAUCAAGACCAGAACUUCAUACACCUCGACACAUCCAGUGGUUUACAGGGGUUCCUCGAAAAAUUGACAGGUCUGUCGUCUGAUGAUAUCCUUGGGUUAGCCCGUACAUGGUCGUGCUCGACUCACCCGUCCGUCGACGCGCUUCAGAAGGUUUCCCAGAACAAUUCCCAGGAUUUAUUGAAGCAGAUGAAGACAGCGGACCCCGCACUCGGCAACACGAAGGUAUCCAAGGCGUCUUCACCCGUCAAACACCUAUCUCCUGCGAAACAGCCACCGCUCCAGGGCUACCGCGACUCGAGCGGUGUUACGCCCGAAGGCCGUUAG